UGUGUGUGUGUGCGUCCGUGCGUGCGUGCGCGCGCGCUCGACGCUCACUUCAGUUUAAGAAUUGUAUCCUAUUGCUAUAAUCCCAGUUGUAUUCUUCCUGAAUGGGAAGUAAUUGAGGAUAGUAAAGGGGCGUUCGUCAGUGUGUCAUGUCUCUUUCGAGCAGUUUCGCCUUGAGGAGAAGUGACGCGCGCGUUUAUUGCCGCCGCUCGUGCCGCGCGCUCGCUCGUGCGCUCUGGUGAGCUUUGUGGAUUUCAGCUGUUUCACGCGCCGCUUCCACAAAGUUAACAGAAAGAAAGGGGGAAAAAUGCGUUGGUUUGUUGUUUUCCUGUUGUCCACUUUGGUGUUGAAGUGUACAACGUCGCCGUCUCGCAGCGUUUUUACUAAUCACUGGGCUGUGCGGAUCAGAGGAGGAUCACAAGAGGCUGAUAAACUUGCUUUAAGAUAUGGCUUUACAAACCUGGGGCAGAUUGGCGGUCUGGAGGACCACUACCAUUUCCAUCACAGUCAUGUGGUGCGUAGAUCUACCUUCGCCACCAGGGGCACACACAGUUUCAUUCACAUGGACCCCAAGGUGGACUGGAUCCAGCAGCAAACAGUAAAGUCUCGAGUGAAACGCCAUGCCCGCAGCAACCCCAACUUCAUCUAUUUCAAUGAUCCCAAGUGGUUAAACAUGUGGUAUAUUCACUGCACUGAUAAAAACAGCCGGUGUCGCUCUGAAAUGAACAUCCUGGCAGCCUGGCAGCGUGGCUAUACAGGCCGAAAUGUUGUCAUCACCAUCCUAGAUGAUGGGAUAGAGAGGAACCAUCCUGAUCUGGCCCAAAACUAUGACCAGCUGGCCAGUUACGAUGUCAAUGGCAACGACCAUGACCCGAUGCCACGUUAUGACUCCAGCAAUGAAAACAAGCACGGGACCCGAUGUGCUGGGGAGGUGGCUGCUGUGGCCAACAACUCACACUGCAUUGUGGGUAUUGCCUACAACGCCCGAAUUGGAGGCAUCCGGAUGCUGGAUGGGGAUGUGACUGAUGUGGUGGAGGCCAAGUCGCUUGGGAUCCGGCCUGACUACAUUGACAUUUACAGUGCCAGCUGGGGCCCUGAUGAUGAUGGGAAGACCGUGGAUGGUCCAGGCCCACUGGCCAAACAGGCCUUUGAAGUGGGCAUUAAAAAGGGCCGCAAAGGUCUGGGCUCAAUCUUUGUGUGGGCGUCCGGUAAUGGAGGUCGGCAGGGAGAUCACUGCUCAUGUGACGGCUACACCAACAGCAUCUACACCAUCUCCGUUAGCAGCAGCACGGAAAAUGGCAACAAGCCUUGGUACUUGGAAGUCUGCUCGUCCACCAUGGCCACCACCUAUAGCAGCGGAGAGUUCUACGACCGCAAAAUAAUUACUACAGACCUGCGGCAGCGCUGUACAGAUGGACACACUGGCACAUCAGUGUCUGCACCAAUGGUGGCUGGCAUCAUCGCUCUUGCGCUGGAAGCCAACCCAUUAAUAACAUGGAGGGAUGUGCAACACCUCUUAGUAAAGACAUCAAGACCUGUUCAUCUGAAAGCUAGUGACUGGAAAACCAACGCCGCAGGACACAAGGUUAGUCACCUGUAUGGAUUUGGGUUGGUGGAUGCUGAGGCCAUGGUGGUGGAGGCCAAGAAAUGGCGACGUGUGCCACCUCAGCACACAUGCACCAAGAUGUCAGAUCGCAGAACCAGGUACAUCCGGCCAGAGCAGAAGCUAAACGUUACCAUGAGUAGCACGGGCUGCAGCGGGCAACCAGAGCAACAUGUAGCCUUCCUGGAGCAUGUAGUGGUACGGGUGCUGAUCGUUCACCCACGCAGGGGAGACCUGGAGAUCAGCCUGGUCUCUCCAUCAGGAACACGCUCCCAGCUCCUGGCCAAAAGGUUGUUUGAUAACUCUAAUGAGGGCUUCAGGAACUGGGAGUUCAUGACGGUGCACUGCUGGGGAGAGCGGGCGGAAGGCACAUGGACCCUGGAGAUAUCUGACUCACCCUCACAGCUCCGCAGCAACCGCGAGGUUCUAGGUAAGCUAAAGGAGUGGACUCUGAUUCUCUAUGGCACAUCUGAGCACCCCUACCAGUCUCACGGUUCUCAUCACUCUCGUGCUCGGAUGCUGGAGAUUUCCGGUGUUAAGAGUCCAGAGCCUUCACUCAGCACAGCCCUCCAACACGAAGACGAGGAGGAGGAGUACACUGGGCCUUGCCAUCAUGAGUGUGGUGAUCAGGGCUGUGAUGGCCCAGAUGCUGACCACUGCCUAAACUGCAUCCACUUCAGCCUGGGCAGCCUGAAGACUGGGAGGAGGUGUGUUAGCCACUGCCCCUUGGGUUAUUUUGAGGACACUGAGGUGCGAAGGUGCAGGCGUUGCCACCGAGGCUGUGAGAAGUGUGUGGGCCGAGGCUCAAACGAGUGCCGUUCCUGCCGGAGAGGAUUGUACUUGUACACAGAGGAGAGCUCGUGUGUAGACAACUGCCCCACUGGAUACUUCAAUGAUGAGGUUCAGAGACAUUGUCUGAAGUGUAACGAGAACUGUAUCACGUGCCUGCAGGAUUCUGACAGAUGUACGGCAUGCCAAAAAGGCUUUAGUUUAGCAGGAAUGACCUGCGUCCCUGAGUGCACAAAUGGAACCUUCUUUAACUUGGAGGAGAUGAAGUGCAGCCCCUGCCACGUCUCCUGCUCCACCUGCACAGGACCACGCAUGGAGGAGUGUCUGCACUGCUCCCGUGACUUCCUGCAGGAGGAGUGGCGGUGCGUGCGGAAAUGCAGCCCUGGGCACUACGAGGGUGACAGCAUAGGAUUCCCACAGAGGAUGUGCAGCAAAUGUGAGGAGAACUGUCUAAGCUGCCGUGGGCCUGGAACAAGCUGUACUCAGUGCAGAGAUGGAUACAGCCUGGUCAGCGGCACCUGCAUAUUCAACGCCACCUGUAACAAUACGGAUGAGGUGUUCUGCGACAUGGUGAAGUCCAACCGGCUGUGUGAGAAGAAACUCUUCCGCCAGUUCUGCUGCAGAACCUGUUUGAUGACAGGAUGAAUGAAUAAAAAGAGAGUGAAAGCGAGAAGGACAAGUCACUUCAUUUAAUAUGGCUGUGUUAUCUGAUGUAUAUUUUUAAUCCAGUUAUAUCUGUGGAUUCAAACCCAACAAACUCCUCAUUUCAAUAAAACCCUGAAAGGGUGCUAUUUGAUUGCCAUAAGAUAUUUUUUUACAGCUGUCUGUUUUAUAAGCUUCAUAUAGUACAUGUAUAAAUUGUUUAUUUUUUAUUCUAAUAUGAUAUUAUGGAACAUACUGCAAUGGGGAGCGAUUAUAAAGAAUAAGCUGAAGGGGCCGCAUCCUCAUAAAUCGAUUUCCAGCACUGAGCUGAAUUGAUGAAUAUGAUGCCAGAUUUAUUGUUUUAACUUUCAUGAAGAACCUCUUAAACAAACACAUUCAACAGCAUCAUUUAUCAAGAAAGAUGAAUUAAUACCCCAGUGAAGGUAUUGUACAUACUGGAGUGUGAAUGCAAUGUUUAAGCUAUUUGCUUCUGUAAGAGUGGCAGAAUAAACUAAAUGAUUUCUUGCCACCAGCAAGAGA